AUGGAUGCUGCUGGUCUAUCAAUGGUACAUAUAGAGAUGCCUCCGUACUCAUAUCCAGCUUCAUUGGUCAUUGGAGCUAUAUCAGGUAGAGAACCAUGCAUCCUCGACUGCGGAGAGGCGGGGACCGACGGUUGGUCAUCAAUUGAAACUUCAACUGACAGUGGAGAGAAUGUGAUGAUGAAUGUCUCUGAGGAGGAAUUGUAUAAUAUCCCAACUGUAGAGUAUGUGCACAGACGGGGAUUUAUAAACAGGCAGUUAACAGUUUAUCAUGUAGCUUUACAUGCCUGUGCAGAUUUAAAGAGUAAAGAGGUAUUAUCUUUAUCUUCUCUUGAAGCUGGAGACCUUUCGUCGUUCAUAGCUAUCCUCAUCAUGCAAUGUACAGUGUGUUAUUUUCAUUGCAGUGAUGUGGAUUCUGGCGUUAAGAUUUUUGAGGAGUAUACAAGUUCAAGGCCCCCGAUUGCUGAGUUGUAUGUGACGCUAGUUGAGGUAGCAACGGUUGGUUAUACUCCUCAAGGGAUGCAGCUUGCUCAAGAUACCCUGGAAAAAAUGAAUGGACGAGGAUUUUUCUUGAACCCCAAGAUGGGAAGUGAUCUCCUUUUAGUAGCUGCAGGCGAAAAGACGGGAGAGUACACCACUGCCAAUUAUAUAUUGGAUCUAUUGCAAAGCCGCAAUAUCAAUCCUUCUCUUCCUGCAGUCGAGACCUACCAUGAGGGUUUAAAGCAACGGGAGAUUCCAGCUGAUGAUCCACGGCUUCUGAUGGUUUCACGCACGCUCGAUAAUCUUAGGCUUCGAUUUGGAGGAAGAAGAAAUGCUUAG